AUGACGCGGGCGAAACUUGAACAUGCCUGGUCCCUUGGCUCUCGGCUGCAGGGCCCAUAUGUGGAAAAGGGCCUGCAGUAUCUCUUGCAGCUCCAUGACCAUAUUCAGAUUUCGGAUAGAGAGCUUCAGAUCAAAGUGGAACAUGAUGAUCGAAGUGAUACCCCCAAGACAACCCCGUUGAUGUGGAAUUACGAGAUGCGAAGCGAAGAUCCAUCGCCGUUGACCAAGAUCUACUUGCAUGUACAUGGUGAGAAUGAUCUAAAAAUUGCUACCGGGGUUGCACAUUUCAUGGAGGAAAUUGGCAUGGUUGACACAGACUCAUCUCUGAGCCCAAGUACUCAAAAAAGGAGAAAAACACGGAAGGAUAGAGGUCUUCAUGUAGAGCCAGUGUUUUAG